GUAAAGAUUCCGGAUGCCGGCUACAUCUUCUUGGGGUGAAUAGGAGGGUUAUCGAUGCCAUUUCAGCAGCAGUAGAACCGGCUGGUGCGCUCUAGCUGCCUCUCACCGACCGAAAGUAGCCUUUAUGCAUGUUCCAAAACUAAGAGAAAUAGAAUAAAAAAUUGUUAUUUGAUUUCUGAAUCACCAUCAACUGUUUUGGAAGAAAAUCUGUAUCAUAAAAGAAAGGAAAUCGUCUGACCGAAUAAAAAAGAAUAAGACUGAGGAUUUCGGAUUUAGGGGCGACAGAGAAGUGGACCAAUACACAACGAUUAUAUAUUUUUUUCCGGCUGGCUAUUAUAGCUUGCUGGUAGGAUAUGACAACGACAUAAUUGGUUAAGGUUUACAAUGUGUCAUUUCAUAUUCACAAUUGUUAAUGGUCAGUCCGUGUAUUACAUCACUCAGCCCUAAUUUCUAGCUUGAUAAAUUAAAAUCCCGCCUGAAAUCUGAUUUAGCGGUUUUGUAGCCUAUCGAGGCCUAAAGAACAAUUUGGCCACAUCAUGGUUAUUGCAAGGCGGCAUGGAGCCCAUCUAAUAUGGGUAUGCCUUCUCGUCUGCUGUAUGGUAGACAUAGGGGCCUCUAUGGAGUUUACAGGUGCAGAGGGCCAGUGGGCCAGGUUUCCAAUGUGGAAUGCAUGUUGCGAGAGUGAAAUGAGCUUCAACAUGAAAACCAAGAGUUCCCACGGGCUGUUAGUGUACUUCGAUGACGAGGGAUUCUGUGACUUUUUAGAACUCCUAAUACACAACGGUAAACUCAGUCUUCGAUUCUCCAUCUUCUGCGCUGAGCCUGCAAUGGUUCUAACCAACACCACGGUGAACGACAGCCAGUGGCACACGGUGACAAUAAAGAGAAACUUUAAAAACACGACGCUAAUGGUGGACAAAGAGGUGAAAUGGGUCGAAGUGAAGUCGAAAAGAAAGGAUAUGACUGUCUUCAGCUACCUGUUCCUUGGGGGGAUACCGCCGGAAUUACGCUCUGUGGCUUUACGGUUAACGCUGGCUGCUGUCAAGGACCAGGUGCCUUUUACCGGAUGGAUAACGGACGUAAAGGUCAACAAGACAGAUUCGGCUCUCCUAAACAGCGCGGGGGUCAUUAACGACCUCUGCAGUGCGGCGGUCAACAUGUGUUUAAACGGAGGGGUCUGUAAUGUCAUUAACCACGAACCCAAGUGCGACUGCUCGCAGACUGGAUACCAGGGCAAGGCCUGCAGCGACGGGCUCAUUAGCCCAACAUGCAGGUGUUCCUCAUUCUCUAAGGUGUCUUGCCUCAACCUGCAAAAGGUCACCAGGGGAAUGGUUGACCUAUGA